AUGGCAAGAAAAAAGGAAGAGAAUAAAGAUCGUUCAGAAGUAUGGGAGCAUUUUCUGAAAAAGGAAACACCCCUUGGAUUGCGAGCUAUUUGCAAGUAUUGUCGUAUGGAGUACAAGUGCAAUCCGAAGAAGAAUGACACUAGUGUUCUGUGGGGUCACAUUAAUAGAUGUCGUAAGUAUCCCUAUAACACUCCUAAAGAUUCAAAGCAAAGUAUUCUUUCUUUUAGGGGUGCUAAAAUAGGUGAUGGUACUAGUAAUUUAACUUAUCAAAAGUAUGAUCCUGCUAGUAUUAGAAAAGCAUUAUCUUUCAUGGUGAUUGUUGAUGAACUGCCUUUUAAGUUUGUUGAGGGAGUCGGGUUUAGACAUUUCUGUAAUGUUAUGGAGCCUAGAUUUCAUGUUCCUUCCAGAAUCACAGUAGCCAAAGACUGUUAUCAAACUUAUUUGAUUGAGAAAAGAAAGCUUAAAAAUGUGUUAAAGCAUUACAAUGCUAGUUCCAAUGACACUGCCAUAGGAUACUUGAGAAGGAAAAUUAAUCACUGGAAAUCUGGGGUUCUUAAGGGGAGGUAUCUUCACAUGCGUUGUGUUGCAAAUAUAAUCAAUUUGGUUGUUUCUGAUGGUUUAAAAACAAUGAAUGAGUCUGUUAAUCGUGUUAGGCAUGCUGUGAGAUUCAUCAAACAAUCUCCUGCCAGGUUGCUAAGGUUUAAAAAAUGUGUUUUGGAGGAAAAGAUAAACACAAAAAAUUUGUUAUGUCUUGAUGUGCCUACUAGGUGGAACUCCACCUAUUUAAUGUUGAGUGCUGCCAUUGAUCUUGAAGGUGCUUUUGAGAGGUAUGGUGAGGAAGACCCUCACUAUGUGAUUGAGUUAAAUGAAAGGGAGGGUAAGGGUACGCCGACUUAUGAUGAUUGGAGUAAUGUGAAAAGAUUUUCUGAAUUUUUACAAGCCUUUUAUGAUCUUACCUUGCGUGUAUCGGGCUCUCUAUAUGUCACUUCCAAUUUAUUCUUUCAUGAGUUGGUGAAUGUUGCUUUAUUGUUGAAAGAGUUAGAAUCAAGUGAGGAUUUUGAAAUGUGUGUUAUUGCUUCUAAAAUGAAGGAGAAGUAUGAUAAAUAUUGGGGUGAUGUGGAGAAAAUGAACAUGCUGAUUUUUAUUGCUGUUGUCCUUGAUCCACGUUAUAAACUUGAUUAUGUUGAGUGGAUGAUAACCCAAAUUUAUCGUGUUGAUGUGGCAAGUACCUUGAUAACUAAUUUGAGGGAGGCUUUGAAUGCCAUGUAUGAGGAGUAUCGUGGUUUUUCAUCAAGUGAUGUGUUGAAGGAGGAGAGCAAGUAUAAGAAACACAAGUUUGAGAAAGAGGGAGAUGCUAAAAUUGAGUUGGACAAAUAUUUAGAUGAGGACACGGAGGAUGAGGAUGAGUUUGAUAUUUUGGGGUGGUGGAAGUUUAAUAGUGCAAGAUUUCCUACAAUGGGGAGUAUGGCUCGAGAUGUACUUGCUGUCCCUAUUUCAACGGUAGCCUCUAAGAGCGCAUUCAGCACUGGUGGCAGAUUUCUUGAUUCAUUUCGGAGCUCCUUAACUCCGCGGGUUGUAGAAGGACUUGUUUGUGCUCAAAAUUGGUUGCAUGCUUCUCCUUUUCCGAGUAUUGAAGAAUGUUUAGAGGAAGUCGAGCAACUUGAAGAAGACUUGGAAAAUAUGACUCUUGGUGAUGAUAACGAUGAAGUGUUUGGACGUGCUGAUCUCGGAUGA